CACAGGGGAUUCCAGGACAGGUCGGUCCCCCCGGCCCAGUUGGACCCACCGGGCUCCCAGGACCACCAGGGCCCAAAGGAGAGAAGGGACAGCCCGGGGAGAGGGGCCCAGCAGGGCCACCAGGGAUGUUGGGACCUCAAGGACCAAGAGGACUUCCAGGAGAAACUGGGAUCCCAGGUCCCCCAGGUCCUCCAGGGCCACCAGCCACCCCAAGCCUCCCUCUCACCUUCCAGCAAGGAGUUCUCUACUCACUCCAGCCCACAGCUGAAAAAGAAAAUGGAGAAGCCCAGCUGGCCUCCACCGUCAUCGACACCAUCAUGGCAGGACUGCCUGGCCCGCGGGGAGCCCCGGGGCCCGUGGGGCCGCCAGGGCCACCAGGUGCUUCAGGACCCAAAGGGCCCCCAGGACCCAUUGGAGCCCCUGGAUCACAAGGCUUGCCAGGAUCUCCAGGCCAGCCUGGACCAAAAGGAUCCAAAGGAGACCGAGGAGAGAGAGGGCAAGCAGGUCUGCCUGGAGAGAGGGGCAUUAAGGGACUUCCUGGUGAACCAGGCAAGAAGGGUGAGGAAGGUGACAAAGGUGCUGAUGGGGAAGGUGUCCAACAGCUUCGAGAGGCUCUGAAGAUUUUAGCUGAGAGAGUGUUAAUCCUUGAGCACAUGAUAGGAAUUCAUGACUCUUUGUCUUCCAUUGAGCCAGGCUCUGGACAGGAUGUGAUCCUGGGCUCCCCCCUGAGGAGCAGCAUCAAGAUCAAGCGAGGAGGACCCCGGCAGCCCCAGGCCCACCAGAUCCUCUCUUCCCUGCUGGAUGAUGGUGAAGCCAGGAGGAGAAGCCACCGGAUGAAGUAGGAGCAUCUCUGUGUCCUCCCUGCCUGUUCUGCAGUUAAAGAUACAGUACCCAGUGCUUAAUUGCACCCUGCAGAUGGAGUGGGUGGGAGGCUGCAGUGUUGCUGGCUGGGUUUCCUUCCCUGCCCAAUACUGAGCCCUGGUUGCAGGGAAUGACUUAUCCAUAGCUCAGAGAAGGUUUUGAGAAUGUUUUCCUUGAUUUUGUUGUUUGCCUUUGGAAUAGCAGUUAUCAGGUGUCUCAGAAGCUGCCUACAGGAGUGACACCUCCUGGCUGUGCCUCGAGGGUUUAACCCUGCCCUUGUUCUCUCACUGACCUUGACAGUCACUCAGUAAAGCUCUGCCAAGUCCAUCCAUCCCACCCAGAGCCAAAGCCAAGCCUCAGCCUUGUCCAUUGCUGCAGUUGGAGGCAUCUGCUUUUAUUUCCUGUGUCGGUGUCACACUGACUUCCAGGUGCAACUUCCAUGGGCCAUGAAAGCAUGAUCUGCAAGGAUUUCUUUUAAGCAAAGAACAAAUUAGAACACAAAGUACAUUUAAAAGUAUUACUCUUAAAAUUCAGGUGGCUCUCUGGAUUUAGCAACAAAACCCUGGCUUUUCAUGUUGCUAAUUGCAUAUGAGGGAUAUUAUUUCUAUUUAUGCUUGGCAAAACAAGGACUUGUGAUGCAAAUGCUCAUGGAAACAUUGGGUUAGAGAGCUUAGACUAUUUUUGUGAAAACAUAGAGCAGUUUGCUUGAGAUAUGAUGGAAUUGUGCAAGAAUUUUCCCAUACUGUGUUCAGCUUGUGCAUACAUCCAGAGAUAAUUAGUUUAAGUGGUGGCAGUAGCUAUUCACAGAAAAGGAUAUUUUGCAAUAGUUUAUUAAUCCUACAGCAAUCAGGAAAAAUGUUUUCACAGUGUUUUGUUUUAAUCUUGUGAGUAACUCCUCACCAUUUGGAUCUGGAGACAGUGUAGGAGCAAACCACAGCCUAGGGAAUUACAGUCUUGUCAAGAGCUUAUCUUGCACUGGGAGUUAAGUACAGAGUCAUUUUACUUUUUGCAAUAACUGGUUAUUUUAGGGGAAGUACCAGCUUCCAGGUUUAAGAAGUUGAACCUGCCCUUCAGUGACAAAUGAAUCACUCCACCUGCUGUGCUAACCAGGUCAGACAAGCUGAUGUCAUUCAUGUAGACAGUGAUUUUUGUUAGAAGGGGGAAUUUAAUCAACAAAACUGACUGAACUAUUUUUUACUUUUUAAUUCCCACAUUCUGACAGUUCUCAAAUUCAGCCCAGGACAAAAGUGAGCAAAUUGAGUUGUGUUAUGGCCCCUCUGUGUCUGGUUCCUGUGCAGAACACAGCUGUGUGAGCAGGCUGGGCUGCACUGCUGCAGUGCUUCUGUCAGAGGCUUUCCAAAGAAAACACUCUGCAGUGCCUGUGUUCAGCACCCCAAGUGAUCUUCCCAAGGCAAAGACCUCUGGAAAUGAGGCUAAAAAAUGGAGGAGCUCUGCCAGCCCAGCAGUAGGCACACAUUAAACUGACUGUCCACAUCCACUGUCCACAUGGCAGUGCUACCAACAGAGACAUCCAAUCCCAAUUCUUGCUCUGAAGAGCCUGGCAUUUCCACAACUGAGCAGC